CUCCAUUAUAUUACGAGCUUUGGUUAAGAAAACUGAAUUCGAAAUUUUCGAUGAUAUUCGACGUGGCAGUGGGGAAUCACUUUCACUUGAAGAAAAUGCUAUGCGGAUUCUGAUGCGAUUGAAGGAUGAAGAGUAUAGUUCACAGACUCGAGCUUUGUGUUAUUUAGGUGGACUAUUCCGUAGACGUAUGAAUGUUCCUGACCGGUUAUCAGAUGAAGAAGCUGGAAAAUUUCUUCUUAGUGAAUAUAUAGCGAUCCAUUUAUCAUCAUUUUUCGAUAAAUAUCAUCUACUCUGUUUUAUGAUUAAAAAGUUACACGCAUUUGUUUCUGGUUUAUGCUGUGAAGAGAGUAAUGAUAAUCCAAUGUUUCAAGAAGUUCUAUUACCAUCCACAUUGUAUCUACAAGUGUUACGUGCAAAAAUAACAUACUUCCUAUCUAGUGUUCGAGAACAAAUUUUAUUGAAAACUCGUAGACAAAAUGUUCGUGCCACCUUGUCUUUAUUUCAACAAACCCUGAAUUCUCGUGCAUCUGAGAUUACUACAGCAAUGGUUUAUUUACUAUCCACUGGUAACCUUCCUCCUACUUGUAAGUCGACACUAGCCGCUCAACUUAGCGGUCAGUCAACUGGUCUUACUGUUCCUGCAGACAAUGUGAAUUUUCUACGUUUUGCUGCCCAAUUUCGAGCAGUUCAUCGUGGUGCUUACUUCACAGAAAUGCGUACUACAUCUGUUCGUCGUUUGUUACCAGAAGCAUGGGGUUUCUUUUGUCCUGUUCAUACACCGGAUGGUGCUCCAUGCGGGCUAUUGAAUCAUUUAGCUGAACCUGUAGAGGCUGUCUGUGAAACUCCAAAACAAUCUGUACUUGACUCUUUAGGCAAUUGGUUAGCCACGCAUAAACUACGACCUAUAGAAUUAUCUAGACAAUUAUUUGGUAUAGUUGAACAACAAAACGCUCUACCAGUUCUACUAGAUGGUCGUCUAAUCGGUUGGUUGUCAACAUUAAGCGAAGCUAAACAGUUGGCAUUGGAAUUACGUCAGUCAAAAGUUAAUCCUGACUGUAAGAAUAUACCGCACACACUAGAGAUUGUAUUAGUUCCACCGACAGACGUGGCUUCACAAUAUCCUGGUCUAUAUCUUUUCGCCGGAGGGUCACGACUAUUGAGACCAGUAAGAAAUCUACAAAGUUUAAACAAGAGUAAGUCAAACGGUAAAGAUGUCGUUGUUGAAUGGAUUGGAACAUUUGAACAAGUGUAUUUGGAUAUAUCUGUGAAAGAGGAAGAAUUGAAAGAACGCUUAUCGACGGAUAAAUCACAUAUUGAAUUGGCACCUGAAAAUAUUUUCAGUUUUGUCGCUGGUUUAAUACCCUAUCCAGAUUUUAAUCAGUCUCCUCGUAAUAUGUAUCAAUGUCAAAUGGCAAAACAGACAAUGGGUCAUUCUAGUUAUACUUGGCGUAGUCGAUCAGACGCGAAAGCCUAUCGUCUGUUCACACCGCAAAGUCCUCUUGUUCGAACAAAAAUGUAUGUGAAAUAUGAUGUGGAUCAUUAUCCACUGGGAUUUAAUGCCAUAGUCGCUGUGAUGUCCUACACUGGUUAUGAUAUGGAAGAUGCUAUGGUGAUUAAUAAAGCAUCAUAUGAUCGUGGAUUAGCUGGUGCAUGUAUAUAUAAAUCAGAAGUAAUUGACCUUUCAACACUUACCAAGUCAACAUCUUCAAGUAAUCCUUUUCAAAAGAAGAAAUCAUCAAUCGCUGAACACUAUUUUGGUUUUGCUGGUGAUGUCGCCAAUAAAGGCCUUGAUAUAGACGGUUUCCCACCGAUUGGUAGUCGUUUAGAGCCUGGUGUCAGUUGGUUGUAUGCCUAUACGCAUAGUGAAACGCAAAAAACUACUUUGGUAAAAUAUGAAGGCGGUGAACAAAUCGCCUAUGUGGAUUCAAUAACCCUCAAUGGAUCAUGGAGUUCUGCUACAAUAACACUUCGUUUGCCCAGACCACCAGAUAUCGGGGAUAAGUAUAGUAGUCGUCAUGGUCAAAAAGGCAUUAACAGUUUGUUAAUUCAAUGUGAAGAAAUGCCUUGGUCAACUACAAAUGGUCUUAUUCCUGAUUUAAUCUUUAAUCCACACGGUUUUCCAACACGUAUGACAAUGGGAAUGAUGAUUGAAUUUUUAGCUGGCAAGUCGGCUGCACUUACAGGUACACGAGUUGAUGCAACACCAUUCCAAUGGUCAGAAGAUUCACCACCCUAUGAAGAUUAUUGUCGUAUACUAACUGACUGUGGAUUUAAUCAUUGGGGUACAGAGACAAUGAUGUCUGGAUCAACUGGACGUCAAUUAGAAGCACAAAUUUAUAUUGGCGUAGUUUAUUAUCAACGUUUAAGACACAUGGUAGCUGAUAAAUACCAGGUUCGUGCUGAAGGUCGUUUUGAUCCGAUACUUAGACAACCAAUUAAAGGACGUAAAGUUGGCGGUGGUAUUCGUCUCGGUGAAAUGGAACGUGAUUGUUUAUUAUCACAUGGUAUAGUUUUCAGUUUACAGGAUCGUUUAGUCGACUCGAACUGUGAUAAAGUUAAGAUGUUUGCUUGUUCUAAAUGCGGUGGACUAAUACACGCUGAUUUAGUUCGAAAUAUUCCUGGCUCCACAGCAUCAGAUAAUUCAAAUACUCCAACGGAUUCAAAUCAAUGGUGUUGUCGAUUAUGUGACAGUGACAAUCGAGGCUCAUUGUCAUCUGGGCAGAAAGAAAAGAAUACACUGAAAUCUGUUCAAGUCUCAGCUGCAUUCAGAUAUCUUACCUAUGAAUUGGCUUGUCUGAAUGUGAAAACUCGAUUGUCACUAGCUGAUCUUGAUUAACUUUUGUUAAUAAUAGAAAAUUUUUUAUUAUAUUCUAUUGAAAGU